CUUCUCCUCAACCUCAUCCACAACACAUCCACCAUGGCAUUGAACAAGUCGUUACCCUGGGUCAAACUCCCUCAUCCUUAUCUCACCACCUUCAAAAUCCAUGUCGUCUCCGAGUCCACUCCACGGGUAUUGCAACUCCGCCUCCAUGACAGCCAAGUCGGCCAACCACUCCCAGAGCCCUUCCACAACGACUCCUUGACAUACACGGAUCUCAGCUACAACGAGUCCGCCAAAGAAAUCCCUCUAAACAACAACAGCCCUUGGGCGCGCAGUCAACGUGCCCCGGGCACCACCUUCGAAUGGACCGGUUCUUCCGAAUCUCAACCUCCCACCCUCGCACAAAUCUGGAACCUCAUCCACGCCACCUUCCUCACGCACCCGGAGCAAGAGAUCGUGCGCCUUGACCUCAACGGCCCCGGUCACGAAAUUGUGCGGGACGAAUGCAUCCGCACCGGACUCGCCAUCCCCUUCCCCUCCCCACGCACACCCUUUGGCGCCGAAAACCAACCGUCCAACCUCCCGACCAUCGUUCUCCUCCGCUCCGCCUUCUGGCAAGGCGCCGGUUCUCCCCUGGGCCCGCGGCCCAUCUGGGCCGUCGAUCAAGGCACCCACGGCCUCCUCCGCCGCUCGGGCAGCCAGUACCCUCCCAUGGCGCAGAACUACGAGUUCUCCAUGAAAUUCCCCGAGGAGCGCGUCUACGCGCGCCACCCGAUCCGGCCCAUCAAGCCCACCCCGGGCUCGCUGGUGUACAGCCGGUACAUUCCGCACCUGGACCAGCAUUUCUCGCUGAUGGCGGUGGAUUGGCAGAACGAGGAGCAUCUGCAGCUGUUCCACAAGUGGCAGAACGAUCCGCGCGUCGCCAAGGGGUGGAACGAGACGGGCACGAUCGAGCACCACCGCAACUACCUCCGGAAAUUGCACGAGGACAAGCACGUUCUGUGUCUCUUUGGGCGGUUCGAUGAUAAGCCGUUUGCUUACUUCGAGGUAUAUUGGGCUAAGGAGGAUCACUACGGCGCCCACUACGACGCCGGCGACUACGAUCGCGGUCGCCACUCACUGGUCGGCGACAACAACGUGCGCGGCGCCUUCCGCGUCAACGCCUGGUGGUCCAGCGUCAUCCAUUACAUCUUCCUCGACGAGCCGCGCACCCUGUGCGUCGUCGGCGAGCCCAAGGCCUCCGGGAGCACCGUGCUCUCCUACGAGAACGCCCAGGGCCUCACCGUCCAGAAGUACGUCGACCUCGGCCACAAGCGUUCCGUCCAUGUCUUCUGCAGUCGCGAGAAGUGGUUCCAGUUGUGCCCGCUCUGGUGGGAUGGCCGCGAGCGGCCCCUCGAGAGCUCCGAUCGCAUGGCUUGGGAUGCUAAGUUGUAG